UUCUCCCUCUGCUUUUUAUUUUUAUUUUUAUUUUUGUCAUUUUCCAUUACGUUUCUACUUGUCCUUGCUUCCCGCCAACUUCGUCUUCGUCUCCGUUUCCUCGCGAGAACGACUCGGAAGAGGGACGACGACCUCAGCCUGAGAACAACGUCUCUCCUGCUCCAAACGGCGACCGCCUUCGACAGCUUCCCUUGCCCUAGCGAGUAAGUGGGUGUAAGUGAAGAGGAGGGGGAAUUAGAUGGGGGUUUUGGUCCAGAAGACAGACAAUAACCAAACAGACCCUUCCUGUUUGUAUGAGAUCUGAGUUGGCUGCUUCAUUCGGGAGAAGUCGAAUGACAGUUUCUGCUGCAGAAAGAUAACAAUGAAACCAAAGCAAUUGUUGCGAGUAUUAUUUAAAGCUCCUGUUCUUGGCUCAGACCUUUUUGCUUCUUCCUUUUCUUCGCAGGCUCGUUUCAAUCAAGCGCCGAAUCCUCGAGUGCCGAUUUUCAGAUCAUCGAGAAAUGCUGGUCAAGUAGUUAGUAGGCUUGGCGGAGCCAACAAAUUUGAACAGACAAUCGAUCAUCUUUGCCAACAAAAGCGUUUGAAUGAUGUCCUUCGGUUGCUCGAAAGCGAGGUCCACCAAGCCUCUGCAACUUUGUAUGCGCCUAUUCUUCAGCUUUGUAUUGAGAAGAGAGCACUAGAUGAGGGCAAAAGAGUUCACACUCGCAUUAGGGAUUCGGGUUUUGUGCCGGGGAUUUUUAUUUCGAAUAAGAUCCUCCAGUUGUACUGCAAGUGUGGGAGUAUCUUCGAUGCGCAGAAAGUGUUUGAUGAAAUGCGUGAAAGGGAUGGUUGUUCAUGGAAUAUUUUGAUAUCAGGUUAUGCCCAUAAGGGUAGCUUAUCGGAUGCUCGCAAUCUGUUUGACAAAAUGCCUCAAAAAGAUAAUUUUUCCUGGACGGCUAUGAUUUCGGGUUAUGUAAACAAUAAAGAACCUGAAAAUGCAUUGGAAUUGUUCAGAUCGAUGCAGAGAGGUGCUAAAUUCGUAAACAAGUUCACUAUAUCUAGUGCUCUUGCAGCCUCUGCAGCCAUCCAGUCUCUACGACUUGGAAAGGAGAUUCAUGGGCAUAUAAUGAGGACUGGGUUGGAUUCUGAUACGGUGUUGUGGAGUGCUUUAUUAGACGUUUAUGGAAAAUGUGGGAGUGUGACUGAGGCGAGGUGUAUUUUUGAUAGAACAGUGGGUAAGGACAUUGUUUCAUGGACAGCAAUGAUGGAUCGGUAUUUUGGUGAUGGGAGGUGGGAAGAAGGUCUCUCGUUACUCUUUGAUUUCUUGAGGUCAGGAAUUAGGCCGAAUGAGUAUACAUUUGCUGGCAUUCUAAAUGCAUGUGCAAAUCGUGCUGCAGAGGCGCUUGGCAGACAGGUUCAUGGCCACAUGAUGCGGAUUGGAUUCGAUCCAUUCUCUUUUGCUGCUAGUGCACUAAUUCACAUGUACACCAAGUGUGGUAGCGUGGACUGUGCACAUAAAGUAUUUACACUGCUGCCUGAGCCUGAUUUAGUUUCUUGGACUACUUUAAUCAAUGGGUAUGCUCAGAGUGGUCAGCCUCAUGAAGCUCUGGAGUUGUUCGAUCUGUUGCUUAUAUCUGGUAAGCGGCCCGAUCACAUUACAUUUGUUGGUGUUCUAUCAGCUUGCACACAUGCUGGUUUAGUUGAUAAAGGUCUAAAAUACUUCUACUCAAUAACUGAGGAGCACGGAUUGAACCACACAGUGGAUCAUUAUGCUUGUGUGGUGGAUCUUUUGAGUCGUGCAGGCAGGUUCAAAGAAGCUGAAGAUAUGAUAAACACAAUGCCUAUGAAACCUGACAAGUUUGUGUGGGCUUCUUUACUUGGUGGGUGCCGGAUUCAUGGGAAUCAUGAACUUGCAGAGCAGGCAGGCGAAGCCUUGCUGCUAAUUGAGCCAGAGAAUGCAGCUACAUAUGUUACACUUGCGAAUAUUUAUGCUGUUGCAGGCAAGUGGAGUGAACUGGAGAAGGUUAGAAAAUUAAUGGAUGAGAGGCAAGUGGUGAAGAAGCCUGGUAUGAGCUGGAUUGAUGUGCAGAGGGAGGUCCACAGUUUUGUAGUUGGAGACCAAUCCCAUCCGAGAUCAAAGGAAAUAUUCAACUUCUUGGAGGAAGUUUCAAAGAGAAUGAAAGAAGAAGGGUAUGUUCCUCACACAACUUAUGUUCUGCACGAUGUAGAAGAAGAGCAGAAAGAGCAAAGCCUCUCUUACCACAGUGAAAAACUUGCUGUGGCAUUCGGGAUAAUCAGCACUCCAGCAGGGACUCCAAUUAAAAUUUUCAAGAAUCUGCGAACUUGCGGUGACUGUCACUCUGCCAUUAAAUUCAUUUCAAGCAUAUAUGGGAGGAAAAUAUUAGUACGCGAUUCAAGUAGAUUUCAUUGCUUUGAUUCUGGGAGGUGUUCGUGCAAUGACUAUUGGUGAUGAUGAUUCAUGAGUUCUAAAUGAAUGACUUCUUGUGGUAAAUGAACCGUUGAUUUAUUUCAAAAAAUAAAUUAGAAUUUGAUUGCAUGACUGUUUUGAGUUUGUUGUUUAUAGUUCAAAUUUGAGU